UGGUUUUCUGCGAGUAUGGCAUCGAGGUCGUAAUAGUCUCUCGGCGUGCCAUCGUCGGCCAUCCCCGGCGUGCGACAGCUCGUUCCAAGCUUGCCAAAUCGCGUCGUUCGAAAGGCGGCAAGCUAGCCGAGGCAAAGGGGCGAGAUGUUACGAGCAGGCAGUCGUACCAUCGCUAGAGGAAGCAGAUCGCAUCAGACAGUUGCCAAGCCGUCGUGGAUCCGUACACGCACGAGCACGACGAGCAGCGAUCAGCCAUCGAACGGUGCAGAGAUCGCAGACGAAUAUUUGGGCGGCAAGCAAGGCAUCGAGCAUCGACGAAGGGUCUAUGCGGACAAGUACAAGGACCUACUGAGCCGGAAAGCUCAAGAGCGAGGCAUAUCUGUGGAAGAGCUCAAGGCGAGUGCAAGAGACGAAUUGGCCAAGAACAGGCGUGUGGCCGACAUGAUCUCUCGCCCGACACCAUCAGCUACCCGUGCUAGCCCUUCUGGGAGCAAGCCCAAGCAGUUCAAAGUACCACAGGCGAAAAAGUCUGCCUCUCCCGUGCGACCGCUCUCAGACAUCAUCAAGCUGGACAAGGCAUUCGAGGAGACGCCCAAGAAGAUCUCGGACCUGUGGAAUGCCUAUCAUAUGACAAAGGGCAAGUUGUCUGCCGUCAUACCGACAGAGAUCUAUCGUGCGAUGGCAAAAGAAGCGCGACAGUACUCGAGCUUUGUCGUUCCUCUGCCUCGCGGUCCGUCUGCAGAGGCUUCGGAUCGUCCGCCUGCGGCAGAGAUGUUCUUCCUCCAAUGGGCCCAUUUGCCACCGCAUACCGAGGCGCCAGCGGGUCAAGAUGCCGUGCCAGACGUGACGACAGUGCUCUUCACGCCUCUGGCAGAAUAUCAGCUUCAUCAGACGUACGCGCAACCCUACUUGAUCUUGACCCACUACACCGAUCUAGCGCACUCCCACGGCAUCGUUCUCAUGCGCGGCGAGAUCACCCCCGACGUGGCCAACCUGACUUCUGCAGACGCACAGCUGUUGAUCUGGAAACUCCAACAGUUCUACAAUACUGCCAAUAUGAAAGCUGACAAAGGUCAGGCGGUCAUCGACGAGCGACGCCAGCUGCUUCGCACUUUCCAUGAGAAGCCUAGCGACUUCGAUCUAGCUCGAUUGAUCGAAUUGGCUGAUCAGAUCUGAGCCGAGCUCGGCUGUCGAGAUGCUGGCAAGGCUCGCUGGGGCGUGCUAUCAGGCGAGAGAGAUGCUCAGACGGGUUCGGCCUUGCGUAACUCAUCGAUCUCGCCAUAGAGUGUGCUGAAGACGACCGGAUCAGCUAUGGCAGCAGCAGCAGAGCACGCAAAGGAGACCCACGUGAAGCGCUGCUCAUAGGUUCUGAUGGAAUCUCUGAGCUCUGCUAUCCGCCUGGCAUGCAGCAGAUUCGCCAGUUUGGCCGACGGCAAGUCUGUUGAUCCGCUGCGGCUUCAGAAAAGCGAGCCAUGCUCCUAUGCAGAACUCAAGCCUGCCUUUUGUCUUUGUCGUCGCAUCGAUGGGCUGGUCACUGCAUCGCUCUUCAGCGACGUUGCAUCGACCUUAAGGCUUCGCCUCACGCGUCAAUGUCAAGCUCCCGCUUCAACAGAGCCCUGUAGCAUUCCCAGCAUGUCUGUCAUGCCCAUGAGCGCUGUUCAUCGUAGCG